UUUGCUUAAGAGUGCAGAGCAGUCCAAAUUUAAAUUGUCCUCUUCCUCCUAUCUUUCAGAAAAAAGCUCAAAAGCAAUAGUACACACCUACUGUUUCACCUUUCUUCAGUAAAUCAGAGCAAAAUCAGAGAGAAAUGAGUUUCUUGUCAUCUUCCUCUGAUUAAAUAAACACCCCCCAUAAUUUUACUUUUUUGUACAUUUUAGUCCUAUUUCAAUAACUUUGUGUAUUACUAUUAUAGUCACACCAGAAGGAACAAGAAAAGGGAGAGUUUAUUUCCAAGAUUUCAAUAUCAAUGUCUUCUGAAUUAUUUGUAUUUGACAACUCUUUCUUUUCUGACCCUUUUUCUCCAUCUUUUAUUGAUACUAAUAAUAUCUUCCAAAAUAAUAUCCAAGAUAACAACUUUACUAUAAUUCAAGAAACCCCAAUUGAUGAUACAACUUCUUUUGAUCAAAUUUCCUCAGUUCUUCUCUCAUCUUCACCUCCAAGUCAUCAACUUGAAAAUCUUUCAAUUUGUCAAACAAUUCCAUUAAAUGGAUUUGGUGAUUUUUCUGUUAAAUCAGAGGAAUUUCAAGUUCAGUUUGAGUCUGAUUUUAUUGGUUCUGGUUCUAGUUCUAGUAUCAGCAACCCUUUAAUGGUACCUCAAAGUUGUGCUGAAAAUGCUGUCAAGUUGAUGCAGAGGAGUUUUAGCAGCCAUUCUUUUGAUAAUAAACCAAGUUUCUCCAUUUUUACACCUCAGUUUGAUAGUUUAAUUGAGUCCUCAAAUUAUCACACCCCUACACUUAGCUCCCCUGAAAAUAGCUUUUCUUCUGGUCAAAUGAGAAGGGUUUGCAGCACUGGUGAUUUGCAAAAGAUGAAGACAAGUCAAACAAGGAACACUUUAUCUUCAAGUCCAUUAUCAGGAGAAAGAACAUUUAUAGAGGAAGCAGCAAAUAUCAAAGUGGGGCGUUAUAGUGCUGAAGAAAGAAAAGAAAGGAUUCAUAGGUACAGAGCAAAGAGAACACAAAGAAAUUUUAACAAGACUAUUAAGUAUGCAUGUAGGAAAACACUAGCCGACAACCGUCCAAGAAUACGUGGCAGAUUUGCACGUAAUGAUGAAGCUUGUGGAGAGAUUCCCAAAACUACAAUGUUUAAUAGAUUUGAAGAUGAAGAUGAUCUUUGGAUUGAGGGAGUUCAUGAAGAGGAAGAAGAUCAAGGCUCAACAGGGAGAUCAUUACCAUUCUAUCAUAGCUUUGGUUCAAUGACACAAUAUAAUCAACAAUAUUCAAGCCACUAAAUUGGGUCAUUAAAGUUAAUUAAUGACAGUGCAAUAAUUAAGGAUAAUAUUAGCCUCUAGGAGCAAAAGAAGAGGCAGAUUGUAGCUUGGUUUAAUGAAUAAUUUAGGUGCACUACUUGUAGUUGUUACAAUUAAAUGUCUAUGGAGGGAGUAGACUAGCAAGGAAAAAUUGUUUUUCUCUCUUUUUUGUAUUUUAAUUUUAUUUAGAAACUUAGUUAAGAGGCCAUGUGCAACUCAUUCCUCUCUUUUAUUAAAUAUAGAUUACUAUCCAUUGAUCUGUAAAUAAUAUCGCUGUUUCAUUUGUGUCUAAUAA